AUGGCGUCCAAAUACCGAGAUUUGGAAGUCGCGCCCAUACUCAAUCUCUCCGGCCGCAGCCGCGUCACCUGCCAUGUGCACGAAGUAGCAGAUGGAGUUUUUCGAGCAGGCUGGGCCAUCAUCAGUGAGAAGAGUUUCAUCCCCGAUAUCGACAACGCAACCCAAGUCCAAAAAGUGGAGUGUCGAUCCAUCGUAGGUGAAACCCAUCUGUUUAUCAGCGAUAACUUCAAGUUUCUCAUGAGGGAUGAUGCAUACACUGAAUCCACCAGCGAGCAAUCCUAUAAACCUAGGAAGGUGAUGGAAGUCUUAGAGUCGAGGAAAGCAUCUCACCUCGGGCGAGUGACACUAUGUUUUGAUGCAAUAGGAUGA